AAACUUAUAUACAAGCUAGGGAAGAUAUAUAGGAAGCAGGUUCCGACUAUGAGUGUUACUUUUCUGCAGAUAUAGGUUCUUGAUAGUCAGCAAUAUUGCAAUGUUCUUCAGCUUAUGCUUAGAUUAUUAAUUAAGCUUAAGCACAGGAUAACCCUUUUCAUUUUCUCCUUUUCCCUAAAGAAUUAAAGCUUUGGAAGUGACGAAAGUAGCAGAAGCAUCAAGUACAGUACUGAACUUCCCUGGUCUGCUAAUCUCAUAUUCAGACUUCAGAGGCAUUUUUAACUGUGAUGAAGCAAGGGUCAGCAAACAACCAACAGCUCUUGUGGGCAAGAGUGGUUAUGCGCAAAUGGCUUAACAUGGGAAGCAACGAGCCUGAUUACAGCGCUGACCCUGAUGAUGAUAACGAGGAUGACCCUGAGAGUGACUCAGACAAUGAAGAGUGGGGAAAACCUUCACGAUUUGGGGACAGCAGAGGGGAACAAGCUCCAAUUGAGUCGAAUGAGUUUCUUCCAAGGUUAAGAAGGCAAAAGUCAUUAACUUCUAGGUCUCAGUAUAUAAACAAGAAGGAACUGAGAGUAUGUGUUGGAACAUGGAAUGUUGGAGGAAAACUUCCCCCUGAUGACCUAGAUAUUGACGAAUGGUUAGGCAUUAAUGAGCCAGCUGAUAUCUAUGUUCUUGGUCUUCAGGAGAUUGUGCCAUUAAAUACUGGUAACAUUUUUGGAGCUGAAGAUACUCGGCCGGUACCAAAAUGGGAAAAUAUCAUUCGAGAUACACUGAAUAGAGUUAGACCAAAAGCACCAAAGAUUAAAUCCUUCAGUGAUCCUCCAUCACCAUCAAAAUUUAAGCCAUUAGAAGAUUUGCCAGACAUGGAAGAAGAAAUAUUACUUGAAAGUGAUAGUGAUGUUGGCGAGGAAGUCCAUCCUUUGGAUGAAGAAAACAACGUUUAUGAUGGUAUUACAGAUAAACCAACCACAGAUGAAGAAGUCUUGGAUACAAAUUUUCAGGCUUCAGAUGUUGCUGAUAUUGCCAACACAGGAGAGCCACUUGGCAAUGAUUUACUGAGACAGUUUUCAGAUCAAAAGAGGUUGAAUAGGCUGAAUUGUUUUCGUGACCAAAAUUUGUCUGAGAAUACAGAAACAUCAUCUUCUCAACCGAAGAGUAAGCUAUCCAGAAUGAUUAGUAGUUCUGAUAGGAUUGGUUUGAGCUGGCCAGAGCCACCACUGCACCUGAUAUCUCAGGGACCAUUGGAUAGACCAACUUCUUUUAAGUCUAUCAGAUCCUUUAAAUCAUCAAAGUCUUUCAGAACAUGUCAUUCUCUCAAGCCAACCAUAGAUGACAUAGGUUUGCUUGCUGAAAUUGACCUUGAAGCAUUAAUGAAGCGGAAAAGGAGAUCAUCAUAUGUAAAGAUAGUGAGCAAACAGAUGGUUGGGAUUUUCAUCACCAUAUGGGUUCGUCGCAGCUUGCGUAAGCAUAUUCAGAAUUUAAAGGUGUCAACUGUUGGUGUUGGUGUUAUGGGCUAUAUUGGUAACAAGGGGUCAAUAUCUAUCAGCAUGUCUAUAUAUCAGACACUCUUUUGUUUCAUAUGUACCCACCUUACGGCAGGUGAAAAGGAAGCAGAUGAACAUAAAAGAAAUGCUGAUGUGCGCGAAAUACAUCAACGAACGCAUUUUUAUUCUCUUGCUGAUGGACUUCCCAGAAACAUCCUUGAUCAUGAAAGAAUAAUUUGGUUGGGUGAUCUGAAUUACCGUAUCAACUUGUCAUAUGAGAAAACAAGAGAUUUUAUUUCAAAAAAGCAAUGGUCCAAAUUGAUUGAGAAAGACCAGCUUACGAAAGAACUAGAGAAAGGUGUGUUUGAUGGAUGGUCAGAAGGCACGUUAAACUUCCCACCAACUUAUAAGUAUGAGCUUAAUUCAGAGAAAUACUAUGGAGAGGAUCCAAAGGUUGGGAGGCGCACACCCUCAUGGUGUGAUCGUGUUCUUUCAUAUGGCACGGGAAUGAAAUUACUUAGUUAUGGAAGGACUGAACUGAAAUUUUCAGACCACAGACCAGUGACUGCCACAUACAUGGCUGAGGUUGAGGUGUUCUCUCCAAGGAAGCUGCAGAAAGCCCUGACCUUCACUGAUGCAGAGAUUGAAAAUGAAGAAGUCAUGACAAAUUUAGGGACACUGUAUGAGUUCUGAAGUAUUUAUUGAAAUUGAAGGAACAAAAAUGAUACUAAUUAUUGCAACUUCAUAUUGGGGAUUCUUCAUUUUAAUUCUUUUUUGGCGUCAUUACGUUAGAGAAGAUAGUUGUGUGAUUUUUGUAUAAAGUUUCUUACGAAUAAUAUUGAAAGCUUGUUGAUAGAUGGGGUGUAUACUGUAUAUUUAUUUACAGCUGCAGUGUGAUUUGCAUUGUAUGUAAUGUAAGACCUUUCGAGGGAAGCUUUAUGUAUGCUUAUAAAAAAAUAAAUAGAAGGAGUGUUUGGUUCUCCAUGUUCAA